AAAAGGCCCAGUAUCAAUAUCGAGUAAGCGUUCCCGGCACUAUCUCCGUUCCCACUCACAUGCACUCAUCUUCCUAACCAUUCCUAGCUUCGUGAUUACUACAGGCCAUAUGUCCGGCGGCCACCUCAACGAAUCUAACUGGAUGGCCUCAAGGCCAGACCUCCUCGCCAACGCCAAAGCCGCUGUAGUCUGUGAACAUUUUGGUGCCAUCGAAUGGAAAGACGAUUUCAGCACCGGAGUUCCUGUCUAUCAGCCCACAGGGCGGCUAGAACCAAUGUGGACUAUGGCGAAUGACUCGUCCGCUAGUGAUUUCUUACAUGAAUUGUAUAUCGACGCGUUCAAUGGCACCUCGGACUCUUUGAGGAUGGCGAUGGUUUCGCCGCAAGUGGUAGAUGGCACGAAAUCGACAUGGUAUGGUGCAGGUGGAAGUAGCAUCCUCGGAUAUUCGAACAUUCCGACUGUUGGCAUCAUCCCCCAGCCCGACUACCUUUGGGCAUCAAUGGUGGAUGGUGGAUGGAGCAGACUAAAUAUAUCUGAAGCGAUUGAGCAGAUACAUGUGAUUUUGCGACUUUUGACGAUGUUGGAUGAUGCAUUCACCUCCGGACAACUUUGACAAUGACAAUUAACGAUAAAUAUGUAGAGCUGUACAUUCAAUUAUUAUUUAACUAUUGCUUCCCUUGUGCGUUGAUAAAGUCUGUCUUGUUCUUUGUUUUAAACGAUUUUUGUCCAGUGUUUUGACGAUAGACAUAUCUUACAAGGAAUAAGCAGUAUCCCCUGCAGCUAACGAAUCAAU